AUGCACGCCUCCGCACUGUUCUCCGCUCUACUGGUACUCGCCUCGACCCGGGUCGCCGCCGUACAAAGAGGUCCUCCUUAUGACAAUUGUCCUAACGCCAGACAAAACCCCACUGGCAAGGGUUACGCAAUGUUCUCGCACGCCGCGGCUCACUUCCAAGGGGACGACUGGACCAACGUAUGGGCGGAUAUUGCAGAAACAGGCGUCAAGAACACCUUCUUUGAGUGUACGGACCAGUGCUGGAGGGACGGGCCGAGUGAGGCUAGUCGGUACUAUGUACGAACGAACCAUAUGCUUAUGAUCGCCCCGCCUUUCUCUCCAGAGUGCAAGGGUGUCAAUUGGUUUCCAGCGAGGGACAAGAAUUGUAUCCGAUGGAAGAAUGGCGGUUUCGACGAUGUCGUCGGUGGCAGCGAGGAUAUCCAGUCCGCCAUCAAAGGUCCCGACGGGGCAGGCAACCCCACGCCCCAACAUCAAAUGCUGCAAUAUCUGGAUGUAGCGCGGUUCGGUGGUUGGUGGAACCUGAAGCAACGUCAAACAGAGGUCAACGGUUGUGACUUCGAUCAUGCCUCUAAUUCUCUAAUCGAUGUCUCAGCUUCAGGAUCGGACACGGCAAUCGCGAGCAACAGCUUAGAAUCCUUUGCACCCGACUCGCCUCGAGCAGACGGGAGUAAAGCAAGUUUUAGGAGCAAGGGCAUCAGCGCUUUCGGCGGAUUUGUAGUUCUGCCUAGGCGUACCGGCGCUCAUCGGUCAUCUAUAGGGAAAUACCAGCAAUACGGGGACAAAGAGCCCAACGGGAACCUUCCCGGGAUAACGACCGUGUGGAUUCAAGAGCAGAUCCACCUUUAUAUUGGGUAUCGACAACAAGGUUAUCCAGCGAGUACCCACUUGCAGGGCGUAUCGACAACAGACCCUAAUGCUGUAACCAUCAUCAGUGAUCGGCGGCGGGUCAGGGACAGCGUUCUCCCUUGCUUUGAAGAUCCUGUAAGGAUCCCUAUCAAAGUUAAGGAAGCUGAGCGACCUGGAUCGCCGGUUUCCAACCUCGGCCUUGUGCCAUCUCUUCUUCCACUUCUGCCGCGGAUGGGAAGGAGGAAGCUCAGAAUGUACAUGGUCGUGGAGGAUGCAUGGAAUAGUAUUGCGAGUUCUGCAAUGAUACGGGGUGGCGCAACCCGAAUACAAUGCUUCUUAACCAUUAUACCUAGAAUAAUCUAG